GCUGGAGGUGGGGCCCUGAGCUCUGCUCAGCUCCUGGCCUUCUCCUCCUGGCCAAGUCAGCCCCUCAGUGGGCCCUGGCCCUAGAAGGGCUUCAGAGGCGUGGGAACACUGUUGCCAGGCACCGGUUGCUAGGAAACCCUCUGUUACUCCUGGCUUGGCCAACUCCAGGAGGGCCCAGCCUCUCUGCAGCGGCUCCUGCCUCCUGUGGCCUCUGUGGACCUCAGAACCACUGUGAAGGGCAGGCCCUCAGGGGCCCUGCCCUACAGCAUCAUGAUGGGAAAACUCCCUUUGGGUGUUGUGUCUCCUUAUGUGAAGAUGAGCUCGGGGGGCUGCACGGACCCCCUGAAAUUCUACGCCACCAGUUACUGCACAGCCUAUGGUCGGGAGGAAUUUAAGCCCCGGAUGGGCAGCCAUGUAGGCACUGGCUACAAAUCAAACUACCGGCCUGUGGUCUCCUACCAGCCCCACCUGGAUACCCUGGACAGCCCCGCCAUGGGGGAACAAGCCCGGAGCAACUUCCAGUCCGUGACCAGUCAGAGUUACUGUCCCCUGGAGGUGCCUGAUGGCACGCAACCACUACCCUGGAACAUGUACCAGACGACCUCUGCCUAUGGGCGCGAGAAGCCCAACGCAGGCCUCCUCACUAAGGAGGUCAGGAAGGUCCAUUUUGACACCCAGGAUCAUGGAGCCCAGUCUAUCACAGGGCUGGAGCCCAAGGACGUCCCCCUGCUCCACCAGCAGCAGCGCAGGGGCUCCUUGGAUUGGGAGAACUCGCGAUAUGGCCCACGCUUCAUGACUUCUGAGUACAAUUCCAAGUACCUCAAGGAGCCGUCCAUGCAGCCAGAUCUCCUGCAGAAGAAAUCAAUCGGUGCCAAGGAGGAGACCGGCUUCACCGAGGACGCCGCCAAAAGCCCGAAGGUGGUCCUCUCAAACCGGAGUGUCACCAAGUCGGACUUCCUCCCCAUGACUCACCCUCAUGGAAAUGAGUUUCUGCCUGUGCUGGCCAGAGGCUCUGAGCGGGAGACAGGCUACAGCAGAGCAAGUGAAAGGACCCUGAACCCCAGAGUGCCCCCUCCCAGCCCGGAACCCAGCAGCAUGAGCCACCGUCCAUUCCAGCCCCCACAGCGGAUGCAACAGACCAAUGUUGCCCUGCUGGGCCGCGAGGCCGUGGGGAACAAGGAGCCCACAGGAUUCAGCCUUAAGAACCCCACCUAUGUCCGGAGCUCCUAUGACCCCGACAGGGAUAGCCGGUACCUGACCACCUGCAAUCAAGGGUACUUUGAGAACAUCCCCAAGGGUCUGGACCGGGAAGGCUGGACUCGAGGUAGCAUCCAGCCUCAGAAGAUGGGAGGCUAUGCACUCAACCAGCCGGUCACUCGCAUGGAGGCCACUCCCAAUCCCACAGAGAGCCUGAGGCGCCUGCACCCCCAUGUGGGAAGAACCCUGACCUCAGUUGACCCCUUCUACCGAGACACACCUCACAGCAGCCGCUACCCGGCGUCCAGCUGAGCCAGAGGCUCUGGUUUACGGACCCCCACAGGACAGAAGUCAAGCCUCUGUCCUGUCCCCACCCCCUCCCCCACAGUGCCUCCCUAGCUACUUUCCUGAUGAAAUAAAGAACACUGAAG